UACAUGAAGUGAUGACUCAAGCCUCCGUCACUCAGCCAUUUUCGGCGAUACUACAGAAAACAGACACACACGCUCAGCCCCGUGAUCAUUCUACACCAGCGUGAAUACCGUGUGUGCCACCCAGACAAAACAGUCAACGACUACACCUAAAACCUACGUGGAGCUUCCUGUAAAAAUGAUGGGGCAGGGACAAGGUAAAAACCUGCAAAUGGAGCCCAAGAAGAACCCCAUCACCGAGGACUACCAAGUCUCGGCCGUCGUGCUCGGGCUAGGAAUCAACGGGAAAGUGUUGGAGGUUUUCUCCAAGCAGUCAGGGGAGAAGUUCGCUCUCAAGGUUCUAAGAGACAGCCCUAAGGCGAGGAGGGAGGUAGAGUUACAGUUCCGAGCUUCCAACUGUCCCCACAUCGUCAGGAUAGUGGAUGUGUAUGAGAACAGGUACCAUGGACACAACUGUCUCAUGGUGCUCAUGGAGUGUAUGGAAGGUGGAGAAUUGUUCACACGGAUCCAAGAGAGAGCAGACACAGCCUUCACAGAGAGAGAGGCGGCAGGUGUGAUGAGGGAUAUCGGGAAAGCGAUCCAACAUCUGCACGCCAUGAACAUCGCACACAGGGACAUCAAGCCAGAGAAUCUCCUAUACACAAUGAAAGAGCCAAAUGCAGUCCUGAAACUCACAGACUUUGGUUUCGCCAAGGAAACCAGAGAAACCAACUCACUAGCCACCCCAUGUUACACACCGUACUAUGUAGCCCCUGAAGUUCUAGGUCCAGAAAAGUAUGACAAGUCGUGUGACAUGUGGUCCCUGGGAGUUAUCAUGUACAUACUGCUGUGUGGCUUCCCGCCAUUCUACAGUAACCACGGUCUUGCCAUCUCCCCUGGCAUGAAGAGGAGGAUAAGAAACGGACAGUACGAGUUCCCCAACCCAGAGUGGAGUGCUGUAUCUGAGCUUGCCAAGAACCUGAUCAACCAGCUGCUGAAGACUGACCCGCAGGAGAGACUAACCAUCACAGAGUUCAUGGCACAUCCAUGGGUAUCUGGAGUUGAGAGUGUUCCUCAGACACCCCUGUCCACAGUCAAGGUGUUGGAUGAUGAGAAGGAUUACUGGCAAGAAGUUCAGGAUGAGAUGACCAAUGCUCUGGCCACCAUGAGGGUGGACUAUGACCAGAUCAAGAUCAAGGAGAUCUCUGCCUCCAGCAACCCCCUUCUGAACAAACGGCGCCGGAAGGCAGAGGGCCAGAUAUCAAAGUAAAGAACACCUGGGGCCAGACUGAUGGAUAAAUACACAAAAUAUCCUGUUUAAUAUGAUAUAUUAGUCAAACUUAGCUUUUGACAGUUGUGUGCAAGUAUGGUUUCUUUAUGUCCAUUUUUUUCUUCUUGUUAUAGGUACACUUUAGGUUAGGCCAUGUUGAUUUGAUUAUAUGGAUGACAUCCU